CCCCAGCUAUGGAUGUACCGUCCAUGGUGCAGCGCUCCGGGGACCAACUGAUCGUGCGUCGAGUGGUGAGCGGAGAGCAAGUGAUUCUGAGCCACACCGCCGGCAUCAAGGCGGAAGCAACCGAGGAGGAGGAGAGCGAGCGGCAGGAACGCUGUUAUCGUCGGUCGUCACUUAUCGACGACGAGGACGACAACGAAUACGACGACGACGACGACGAAGACGAGCGCCUAUCGAGGGCAGAGCAAGUGCUUCCACAGUGUAAGGUGAAGCGGAACUAUUCGUGUGGCCACUGCCGGUACUUUACGCAGAAUCCCCGCCAGUACCUGACCCAUCUGCGGGACACGCACGGUGAGAAAAUCGUCAUCAACGGGUGCCCGCGAUGUCUGUACGCGUCGCGCCACCACCAGAAGCUGGUGCGCCACAUGAAGAUGGUACACGGUGCAGCUGGGCCCACCAGUGAACCGUGGCCGCACUCGGACGCAAGGACCGUGGUAAAACAGGAGCUUACUAGGCCGCACAGGCGUCAACCGCACGCCGAUUCACCGAAGCACCCGAGGAAAGGGUCUACGCCGAGCGCACGCAACACGCAGCAGCAACUUGUUGCUUCCGGUCUGUCGGAUCUGCUGCUCGAGAUACAGCAGUCCUGGAACCGGACCAUCACUGACACCAACUUCGGCCUGGGGCAGAAGACGUUGAAACUCGAAAUGGAUGGCCUACCCAGUUUGGUGACCCCGUCGGAUGAGGUGGCACCGGGCGGCGACCGGUCGUCCCCACGGAAGCGACACCGACCGAUCCCGAACCUCAUCCCGCUGGCCGGCGGACGUCCGGCGAAGGAACCGAGCUUAAAGCCGGUCCCAAUGUCCGCCCUGAUGCCACCCCAAGAAGCGCCGGCGACCAAAUGUACGUUCUGUGAGCUGGUCUACGAGUCCACGGUCGAGUUGGCUAACCACAUCGCGGCGGCCCACAAGGAGGACCUCAUUACGUCGCUACUGCAAAAGUCCAUCGACGACUCGAGCCAGGCGGGGGGUCCCGUGGUGUUGCUUCCGAACGCGGAACACGACAGCACGUCCUCGUCGAGCGACGUGUGGAAAACGCUGCUAGAAUCGAGCUUAGGCGCCCCGACCGGAGCGCCGGAUGACCGGAAGCAGACAGCGGACGGGAACGACGAUGAGGUGGAAAUUCUGGAGAACAAAUCGGAAACGUACUGCGGGAUCGAGACGGCGCCCGGGUACGGUGAGGUGACCAACACGAUCACGGGCCCCUCGGCGGGGCUGGCAGGACCCCCGGUGGGCGGUGUAAUGAAGAAGGUGUUCAAGUGCCCACACUGCUCGUUCUGGGCCUCGACGGCGUCCCGCUUCCACGUGCACAUCGUCGGGCACCUGAACAAGAAACCAUUCGAGUGUUCGCUGUGUGCGUACCGCUCGAACUGGCGGUGGGACAUCACGAAGCAUAUCCGCCUGAAGACGAUCCGCGAUCCGAGCCACAAAAAUGCCGGCGUCCUGAUGAACGACGAGACGGGCCGCCGGAACUACACCAAGUAUAACAAGUACAUCACGCUGAUGCAAAUCACGGACCACAACGCGAAGGAUGCGGCCGUGGUCGGGGCCGGCGGGGCCGUUGGCGCUGGUGGCGUCUACAGCAAGUCCCUGGUCGGUGGUGCCGUGACGGACCUGAUGACGGCCUGCCGUACGUACAACAUCGAUCUGCAGACGAUCACCAGCCUGCCGGGCUUCAAACUGUUGCUCCAGCAGCAACAGCAGCAGGACGAGAAGCACCCGGAGGAUUCGGCCGCACGCGAAGACGCAAAGUGUCCAGUUUGCGAUCACAGUGCGUCGUCGAAAGAGGACCUCGUGCUGCAUAUGACCAACGUCCACAUCACGCUUCCGGCCGGUAUCCCGACCAUUUCGCUGGACGAGACCACGACCGAGAGUGAGACGGUGGCCGCACCGGACCCGGGACCCACCGGCGAGUCACAAAACUGUACGCCAUCCACCUCGUUCUGUAGCCAAGCUACUAACCCGUGCGUCGACCGUUCCCCUACUAACGGCGCCCUGGUUGGUGAUGGCGCCACGAGCGACAAACCGAUCGGUCUGCUGGAGCUGGGGGACGGUGGUGAUAGUAGUGGUGGUGGUGGUGGUGGUGGUGCAGGGGGUGGUACCCAGAAGGUAGCUAUGCCCACGUGGCGACACAACGCACCGUACCGGUGCGGUCACUGUCAACAGGUCUCUAACUGGAAGCAUGUCAUUCAGAGACAUUGCCGGCUAAAGCACAACGGCAACGUGUUCAUCGAGCUCACCACCAACAGCGCUGACGAACCAACGACGACGACGACGACGGUGGUAGUGGACGGGGACGGCGGUGGCCACUACCUGCGGGGCACCAAACCAACCAACCAUUCCUUUUACGUCGUGGAGGAGCAGCCCGCAAGCGAGGCCACGGAGCCACCGCUCGCUCCGUUCGGCUCCAUCCACGACGAGCUGGCCAGCAGCACCCUGGAGCCGAUCGUAGAAAUCAAUGACAAAGACGCCACGGACCUGAUCGGAUUGGAUCGUAUGCUGGGCCCACCGUCGGACCCAACGGCCGACAGUCCGCUUAACGUUGACUCGCUACAGCACCUCACCGACCAUCUGGAACUGCAGCUGGCGUCGAACGGCCGGGAUAACGCCGGCGGACAGGAUAACAUUGAAAUACUGGCCCAAGGGACGGUUCCGACGUGCCUCUACUACUGCCCCCGGUGUCCUGCACGGUUCUUCGGCGAAGCCCCCGCCACGGAACACCUGGAACGGCACGGGACCGGUGCUGGUGCGAAACCGUGCACGAUCUGCUCGUUCGGGGCACCGACCGAGGACGAGCUGGCGCGGCACGCCGAGGUCCACACGGCGCAGUACAACAAGAGUACCGAGAAUCUGCAGGUCUUCCUCGACGAGCACGCCAUCUACCGGAGGCCCACGUUGACGCUGCGGGUCCGCAGCGGCGGGGAGCAGGUUUGGAGUGUGAAGGCGACCCCACAGCCGUCGGAGGUCACCGUCCAGCCCCCUUCUGGGGGCCGCAAGAGCAAACGGCUCCGAAGCGAUGGUGAGCAGCCGAUCAGCAGGCCGCAGGUCAGGUCCAUCUUUUUGUGCGAAUAUUGUGAUAGUGCGUUCGACGGGGAGUCGGAACUGAACGGGCACGUGCGGGGCCACUUUGCCGCCAUACUGGCACCGGCCGAGGUGGCGUACUACACGUCGCUCAACAACGCGUCGCUCCUCAGCAAGGACAACCAGUUCGAGCUGAUCGUGUCAGGGACGCAGCAGCAGCAGCACCUGGCGGCCGCCCCGAUGCCGUUGCGCUACGUCUACGAUAAUGGCCGACGGAAAGAGUGGAGUUCGUUCUCGAAGGCGGAGAGUGUUCUGUUGAAACUUUGAGUGCGCCUGAUUUCGGAUUUGCUUGUUUCGCUUGUUCAUUUGUUACUUGCGCGCGAGGCGUUUCCUCGAUCGUAGUGCUAGUGGCUAGGGGGAUUAGGACGGAUGGACUCCCAAAGUUGUUGAGUAGGUUAGAACGGGGGAAGCAGUAGUGGGCCGCCGGGCCCGGGCCACAAAGUCCACGUAGAUUAGAUGGCGU